CGUGUUUCGCAUAAUACGUAACCUCGUUUUGGCCUGAUGUGAAGUCUCGUCUGCAGGGGUUCUGAUAUUGUAUCGCGUCGCCUUGGCGCACUGAUUCGCACAAGGAGCUCGGUUUCAGAUCCACGUUAUGGGUGGUUAAAGUGAGACUCUUUUGCUUCACGAUCUGUUGCCCCUGUUUGGUCUCCUUAAGUUGUUUCGAAAAUUUCCCUCUGAUUAUUGAUGACGAUGCUCAGGUCCUUGUAUAAAUAAAAAGAUGCUAGGAAGAUCACUGCCCGUUAUAUGUAGAUCCUCACAAUUGUGCAUCCAUUGAAGAUCUCGCUAACGCUUUCGUCCGCUUCUUCAAUCUUUUCAUUAUUUCGCUCCUUCGGACCGCUCUUCGCCAAAAACAUUCGUUUAAAACAGGCUGGGUUAGGGACAUCCCGUUACCAUAAUGAAAUUCCUAGCCGUUCCUACCAUCGCUACAUUCCUCGCCGCAUGCGCUUCUCUUGGGUCGGCUCUACCCGUUGAAGCUGAAGCGAACAAGAUCAGCACACCUAGGAGUAGCACAAGUAAUAACUGCUCUAUGGACAAAAUAAGAGAAUGCGUCGACGAUACAGGGCUCGAGAGCACGAUAUGUUUUAAGCAAGUAUGCGCUGGCGUACAAGGAACACCAAGGAAAACCAAACGCCAAGAAGAUCAAUGCACCGAGGAGAACCUCCUCCAAUGCGCAGUGAUGGAAUGGCGGGAGGCCGAAGUGUGCUUCCAAGAAUUUUGCCUAUAAAACUGCUUGGGGGCGUUAGGAUACGGGUCUGGAACGGGUAGGGGCUCUCACGGAUCGAAUCCCUUAGGAGAUAUGAAUAUGCUCGUUCAUGGAGUCAGCAAGGUAUCACACCAUGCGCGCGUCUCUCAUUCAAACUGCCGCUCCGUGAAACCGAGCCGAGGUUGGUCUGGAUUCUGAAUGUUUCCCGAGCUAAAGUAGCGAGAGAUGCUCAAUCGGAGAAGGAAUUGAUGGAGUUCGGGCCCGCAGGUUUCUGAAUGUGGGUAAGAGACGUGGAUUUCAUUUAUUCAUUGGAUAACACUAGUACUUUAUUUUUAGAGGCGGCAGAGCUGGCCUUGAAAGACGUCUUUGGCAUGUCUCAUGGUCGUUACGAUCAUGUCUAUGAGCUACCUAGCAUUAGGUAGGUGGUUAUAAUUGCAGUAAAGUAGAAUUAACAGGAUACCCUUUUGAAAACCCC